UCGUACGCGCACCCAAUAUGGCCGCCGCUGUGUCCACGCCAAUGAACUCAGUGAACAGAGAUAAUUUAACCGUUUUAAUCAGAAAUAAUGUCAUGAACGAAUCUGUGGACUUUACUAAUUAUGAUAGUGAUAUGAUGGAAACAGAUUCCCCGGUAAGCAAAAGAAAUCUGCAAGUAGUAAGUAAAAAGCUGUUCCACUCUCCCCUUGCUUCGCCCCUUGCGAAAAACCACGAGCAAAGUGAUGGAAAUCUGGCUAAAGAUCGAAGCAAAAAAUCCCGAAAACGGAAGCAGAUACUUCUUCCUUCGUCCUGCGAGAAGAUUAAAAAGGUUUAUAUUAAGGAAUGUGACGGCGAUGGAUAUAGCCCCGAAGCGCGUGGGGGAAUGAGAAAGAAGAUGCUGAUCAGCCUGUUUCAUAAUAAGGAGUAUAGUAUGGAUAUGUCUUUUUGAAUAUGUAUAUCGGUGGCAGGACUUGAUGCGCUAGUGAGGCCAUUACCAAAACUCAUGAUUUGGGUGAUAAAGCAUAAAAUGAAAAGUAGAAAAAGCCAGCAUCCAAUGUGUGUCGAUAUCCCAGAUUAUAAACGGGAAAGUUGUAAUUUUGUUAUCGUCUUGUUAUUGUCACGAGUGUGUGUCGCAAUUGUAAUGAAUUUCUUAUAAACUGCUUUCAUGCUUCCUUUACUAUUGCAGUGUAUUGUUAACUACGUUGAACUGUUUUCCGAUACUCAUUAUUUUAGUGGAUCUUAUAAGCAUAGAUACCUUUCAUUCUUAUUUUAUUAUU